AGUCACCCAGUCAUACGUCAUGUUGACAUGCGGGCUGACAUGUAUUGACAUCGCGUGUUACGAAAAAUAAAUUAUGCUAAUUAAUUCAUUAUCUUUGUAACAACACAGAAUUAAAGACACAGUGUAGUUGAAAUACAAAACGUUAGGUCCAUUGCAAAAUAAUAAUGGCGGAAAAAUACAUUCUAACACUAGAUAUAGGAACGACUACGAUACGUUCUUUUAUAUAUAAUUCUAAAGCCGAAACUGUUGGAAGUGCUGUUGACCAGGUCAAAUUACACUAUCCAAGUCCAGGUUUUGUGGAAAUAGAUCCUGACGAGUUAUGGAAAUCAGUAGUACAAGUUGUGUUGAUUUCAAUCAAAGAUGCCAAACUAUCACCAUCACAAAUCACGGCAAUGGGCAUAUCCACGCAGAGAAGCACAUUCAUCAAUUGGUCCCGGGAGACGGGCAGACCGUUCCAUAGAUUCAUCACUUGGAAGGAUCUGAGGGCUGACAAACUUGUUAAUCAGUGGAAUGAAUCCUAUACGUGGAAGCUGUUCAAGGCCGGCGCAUACGUCCUGUAUUUAAUAAUGAGAAGUCAGAAGUUCCGAGCCGGAAGUGUCCUUAAAUUCAUGAAUACACAGACUACCUUAAGGCUAAGCUGGGCUCUACAGAACAUCGCACCACUAAAAGAGGCUGCGAAAAGGGAUGACGUCAUGUUCGGCACGCUGGAUACUUGGUUACUGCACAAAUUAACAGGAGGCAAGAUCCACGUGUCAGACGUCUCAUCAGCAUCAGCGACAGGCUUCUUCGACCCUUGCAUGGAAUGGGGUGGCUGGGCAUUAUCACUCUUCAAAAUACCGCGCAGUGUACUACCCACUAUUGUGGACACUGCGGGGAAACACUUUGGGACCACGACGCCCGAUAUCUGGGGGCAUGCGAUACCUAUCAUAAGCUGUAUGGCUGACCAGACAGCAUCAAUGUGGGGUUCCUGCUGUUUCGAAGUGGGAGACGUGAAGCUCACCAUGGGAACGGGGACCUUUUUCAAUAUAAACACGGGUUCCGUGCCCCACGCCAAUGUGGCCGGAUUGUACCCUAUCGUUGGCUGGAGGCUGGGGGAUGAACUGGUGUACUCUGCUGAAGGCUCGAAUAAUGAUACUGCGUCUAUUAUCAAAUGGGCUCAGAAUUUGGGUCUAUUUGACAAUCCUCAAGAUUCAGCGAGUAUUGCUGAAUCGGUCCCAGACACUGAUGGGGUCUACUUUAUACCGGCAUUCAGUGGAUUAGGGGCGCCAUACAACGACGGCUCAGCAGCAUCAGGCUUCGUCGGCAUGAAACCCUCAACCACUAAAGCUCAUCUAGUGAGGGCAGUGUUAGAGUCCCUCGCCUUCCGGAUAGCGCAGUUGUAUUACUGCGUGCGAGAGGAGAACAACUAUCAGUUCAAUAUUAUCAGAGUGGACGGUGGCGUAUCCAACAACGACUUUAUCGCACAACUGGUAGCGGACCUAACAGGGCUUCGUGUGGAGCGGCCCGUACACACAGAAAUGUCUUCUUUAGGCUGCGCGCACGUCGUGGGCCUACAACUAGGUGUAUGGAAAUCCAAAGCCGAGCUCAAAUCGAUGCGCAAAGUCGCCUGCGUGUAACCCCGCCCGCAAGUCAAAAAAGCGUACGACAUGACCUUUUCCCGCUGGGAGGACGCCGUCAAGCGCAUGUGCGGUUGGUACUCCGCUAACAAAUCCCAACAGAGUCUCUCCACAGUCUCAGACUCGAGUAGCAGCUCAGUCACCCCUCAGAACAGCUUCAAGGUACCUUCCAGAAAGAACGCGCGAGGUGGUACUUUUCUUAAGUAUAUUAAAAUGAUUGCAAUAUGAAAACCUGCCCCUGAAGUUUGAUUUAACGAAAUAUCGAUACAGGUUAGUGCUUUAAGACAAUUAUCACGAUAAAACAGUAUUCAUUCGUCUUGGAGUAGAUUAGAAAUCUUGUACCUACUGUAUCGUUUUUUAUUUAAUUAAUUAGUUGCCAAGUACCUGUACAUUUAUAAUUUGUAUUUACCCAUUUUAUGCUAUGAGCCGACCGCCAAAAACAAAAA